AAAAAAGUAGCACAAUUGUAGAAUUUUUCUAUGUGUGACUUGAGUUAGUAUAUUUCAUUGUUUAUUCUAGUUUCUAUGCUAGUGUGUCUGUAUGUGUGUGUUUAUUUGCAUAACCACCUGUUUGAGUGUACCUCAGUGUGUGUGUUUGUGUGACCUCUGUGUAUUUCUAUGUAUAUCACUUUGCUUUUAGACUAACUGGAUGACUGUUAUUGUGUAUGCGUCAACUGAUGCUAGUUGUGCAUGGGUGUGUGCGUGUGCCUGUACGUGUGCGUAUGUUUUUAGCAUUAGUUAGGGAGUUGUACGUAUCGAAUUUCAAAACAGCAACUGGCAUUCAAAAUUCAUACCUAAUGGUGAAGCUUACGAAUAGAUGAAACAAUUUAUACUCUAUUAAAAUAAUUCGAAUUUCAAAAGUGCCAAAUGCUAAUUCAUUUAUCAUGUUUAUUCAACAUCGCCUUAAUGAUACUAGCAUUAAUUCCCAAAUGUUUAUGUUUAAUGGGAAGUCCACCGAAAAAUAUGCCUCCUUGUUUAAAUUCUGGAACAAGCACCACAGUUAACGAAAGAUACGGUUGUUCAUGCCCAGAUUCAUAUAUGGACAGACAGUGCAAGCUGCCCUCCGUUAAUGUUGCCAAUACUCCCAUAGAAAUUCCUUUUUCUACUUUUUACAUUAAUACAACUCAUCAACGAACAAUACACAUAGGCUUUCAGUUUAUCACUUCUGAUAAUAGUGGGAAUGGAACUUUAUUUACACUCAGAAAUAUGAAUUCUACUUACUUUUUAAGUGGUCAACUUAUUCAUCUCAGGGUAUUUCUUGAAUUCGGCAGACUCGGUGUUAAUUUUGUAUAUUUAUCCAAUUCAAAAACGCUUCGUUCACCCUCAGGUGCUGUGGCACUGAAUGACAAUGCUUGGCAUUAUGUGGAUGUAUUUUUAGAUACUCAGGUUAACGGACAAUGGAGUUUAAUAAUGCUAAUAGACCGAUGCAAAUAUUCCGAAUUAGGACCUUGUUCAGUGAAUGAUACACUUACUUUGCCAGUUAAUUCCAUAAUGUUGGGAGGCUAUGUCUUACUAGGUGAUGAAUCUGGUCCAUCCACAGAACGAUUUAGAGGAUGCUUUGACAAUGUUUUUAUCAAUAAAGAGUUAGUUGAUUUUCACCCUGUACUCCUAUCACAAGUAUCUCGGAGAGGUUGUCCAGAGUCACAGAAGGGUUGUUUACGAGGCAAUGUAAAGUUAUGUGGAACCUAUGGAAAAUGUCGAAACGCUAUAAGUUCAACCGAUAUACUAACCUGUCAAUGUGAAGUUGGAUAUAGGCCCAACAUAACUGCAGCACUGAAACCUCAUAGAUGGCCAUGCGAAACCGUUUCCGCAGGUUGGUCAACAACCAGUACAGUAUACAAUGCAUUGUUUACUGAUAAAGUACCAAAUCGCCUACGAUUAAGCAUAAGAACGAGGACAAAAACAUUCACAGUUUUGGCGGUCGCAGCAUGGAAACUAUUUUUAAGUGUUUCAGAUGGAAUACCAGACUUACGUUUCGAUAAUAUCGUAAUUACAUUAGGUGAAGCUAAUGUAUCUGAUGGUAACUGGCACGUGUUCGAAGUUACAUUUACAUCAAGAUUCUUAGACCUGCGUUUAGAUGAACUGGACAAACAAUAUUACGAUUCCCGGUAUUUUGCAGAAAAACAAAUUUCAAGAGGUUCAGUCGACAUAGUAAUUGCCAAUGGGGCCAAAGAAACUUGUUUAGAUGAUGCGUGGAUAGAUUUUCGUAAUCUCUGGCCUGAUUUUGAACAAGACUACCCCUUGGAAAUAAUCAGUAAUCCAUCUUACCCAAGGUAUACAAAUUGGGGAAGUAUAGGUAGACAGUCAGGUUGUUCAAGUGGUAGCACAUUUUGCAACACAUCCAAGGGACUUUGUGACGAGACUGCUCUCUGUGUAGAGGAGUGGAGAGGUUACCGCUGCGAAUGUGUAAACAAGACGGUGAGAAAUGAUAAGGGGAAGUGUGUCCCAUUCCAGUGUUUUCCUAAUCCAUGCGUUAAUGGUGAAUGUCGUGUUGUAAAUGGAACUGACAAUUUCACCUGUAUUUGUUUUGGAAUGUGGACUGGACCUCUCUGCGAUCAGGUAUUAGGUGUGAGUGCCGCAGGCCUUAGUUGGUGGUGGAUACUACUGGUUGUCCUGCUGUUGGUAGUCUUAUUAAUCACAGCUUUACUUAUAACAAUUUGCUGCUGUAAACGGCGGCAGAAAAAGAAGUCGAAUUUAAUUGAUUUCAGUAGCGGUCUAAGUGAUCAACAACUGGGAAUUGAGAGUCAUACCAAUGAUCCAUGGAGUACAGGCGAGAAAGAUUUUCAAGGACCUAUUGAUUAUUCUGUCUUGAAGAGAAACUAUAACUCAGAUGGAUAUAAAGUGAACAGUGAUUCCUUUCCAAGUAAUGGAUUCAUUCCUUCAGGCAUUAAGUCAGAUAUGAAUGGGAAUUCUGAUACUUUGUCUGAUCCUAAUGUAACUGCUCGAGCCUACGGACAGAAGACAACAGAUAUACCUCCGUGGGAAUGUUUUGAUCGUCAGCAUAAUCCCGCGAUAAGAUUAGAUCAAGUACUAGAAUAUGGAUACGAAGGAUAUGAUGGUAAACCUCCACCAGAGUUUUGUCCCAAUGAACCUGUUUUAUCCUCAUCUUACGAUGAAGAUGAUGUCAAUUUAGAAGCGAGAAAAUAGUCAAGACUGGCAUCACUUGGUAAUGGGAACCUAAAUUCAGUGAACAGCUGAUUUUCGACAUGUACAUUUCAGUAAUGUUUGCAGAAUGAUAAACAAGCACUCAAUUUCCUAUUGUAUGAUCAAACGCAAUAUUAUCAUAUAUGAAGUCAAAAAUGUUCUCGCUUAAUGAUAUUGUCUGAUAAUCAGUUAUUCACAGAUUGAUUUUGAAUUAUGCGUUAACAAACUUAAUGAAUUCCACUGAUUUAGAAAACGAAUUCUUAACGAGAAAUGUCAAGAAGACAUUUUCUGCAUAUAAUUAUAACCUGUGAAUAAAUUCCACUUGUGUUUUUUAAAUAAACGUUUUGUACUCA